ACGAGCUUUUUCCUCCGUGCCUAGUCUCCUGUACAGAACAGAAUGCAUUCAGCUUGUCAAAUUUACAUACGUUUUCGAUCGCUACAGUGUGACUCUGCAGUGCUGUGCUGUAUGUUUGUAAGUUUUCUCCCCAACAAACACAACAAUGGCUACGAAACAUUUUGAACCAUCAAAGGCAACUGCGGUACCACCCAUAAGGCAGAGGAAGGAACCAUCGCACAAAAGGUUGGACUUCCGGACAUGCUAAAGGAAGGUAGAAGUUACCGUAUUUUCCGGAUUAUAAGGCACACCGGAUUAUAAGGCACGUUAAGCGAAACAAAACAGGGACUCUAAGAAGCCCCAAAGUGUGUGCAAGUUUUAAGGAUCUGCUGAUAUUCUUCUUCUGCCACAACAAUGUCCACGCUGAAGCCAACCACCAUGCUGCCAGCUAUCUGUGACAAUGCUGCCACAGCCUGCUCGGGCACAGACUGCCUUGUUCCUCCCAGUAACUUCAAUGCCAUCCUGGGAGUAGUGAUGAGCACGGUGCUCACCAUCAUGCUCGCAAUGGUCAUGUUCGCCAUGGGCUGCAGAGUGGAGGCUGCAAAGCUGUGGGGCCACAUUAAGAAGCCAUGGGGCAUUAUCAUUGGCUUCCUCUGCCAGUUUGGCAUUAUGCCUUUCACAGCUUUUGCCUUGUCACUGGCUUUUGGGGUCCAGGCUGUGCAGGCAGUGGUCAUCAUCAUCAUGGGCUGCUGUCCAGGUGGCUCAAUCUCCAACAUCAUCUGCUACUGGUUGGAAGGAGACAUGGACCUCAGUCUCAGUAUGACAGCCUGCUCCUCUCUCCUGGCCUUGGGGAUGAUGCCUCUCUGUCUUUUAAUCUACACCAGUGUAUGGACAUCCAGUGACACCAUCAAGAUCCCGUAUGACAGUAUCGGUAUCACACUGGCAGCCCUAAUCAUCCCGAUCGGUGUGGGAAUGUACGUAAAGCACAGGUGGCCUGAGAUGGCAAAAAAGAUCCUGAAGGUUGGAUCCAUUGUUGGCUUGGUUCUCAUUGUUAUUAUAGCUGUGAUUGGAGGAGUCCUCUACCAGUCGUCCUGGACCAUUGCUCCCUCCCUGUGGAUAAUUGGCACCAUCUACCCCUUUAUUGGAUUGAGCCUUGGGUUCUUCCUGGCUCGCUUUGUGGGUCAACCCUGGUACAGAUGUCGAACCAUUGCACUGGAGACAGGUAUCCAGAAUGUCCAGUUGUGCAGCACUAUCGUCCAGCUGUCCUUCAGCCCAGAGGAGCUGGAAACCAUGCUUGCCUUCCCCCUCAUAUACAGCAUCUUCCAGCUCGUGUCAGCACUCGUCUUUGUGGGAUGCUUCCAGCUUUAUAAAAGAUUUUGUGGCGGCUCGUCUACAAACAGUGACGCUACAUACUUGGAAGGUCAGAACGCUGAUGUAGAAGAGCAAAAGCACUGCCCACAGGAAAAUGGUGGCUUUGAGGGCGAUGAGAGCAACAACACGGAUGUGAAGGAUAAAAGCACUGACAAAAGCACUGCGCUGUGAUAUUGCAGCUCUGAAAACCAGAGACUUUGGAUUGUUGGUAUGAGCAAUAACAACUGCAUCAGUGAUCACAGCAUUUGGACUCUACUGUGAAGACACACUGCACUCUGCAGGCUGUAUGUGCACCACACUAAACCAUUUGGAAAAGUUUUAGCUGAACAGGGUUGCACAAAUUUCUUCCCCGGGACAGUCAGUAUCUAACUUCAAGUGGGAACGUGGUGGGGACCAACUGCUGAAUUAUGUGUUAUUUACUUUUAUUCAUAUCUAAAUAUUUAGAACCACUUUGCCUGUACAUUGUUAGACAUGUGUCUUAAUCAGUGCUUCAGUGAUUGUAAACAGGGUGUUUGGGGUUUUUUGUAAGGUGACAGCCAUAAUUUAUUUCAUAUUAAUGUUAUUUCAAUAGCAACAAGAACACAGUGAUGACAACAAAGAACAAAAUGUGAUAUAAUGAUGUAGUUACAGCUUAAGAGAAAUCUAUGUGAGAUCCAGUCAUGUCAAUGUAAAGCUGUUAGCAUGAAUUAACUGUGUAACAGCUCCAUAAAAGUAGCAGUAGUAGUUAAACAGAUUUUUAUUAUUACUAUUUUGGUUAUUUAUUGUUAAUUAUUAUUUUAUUAUUAAAAUUGGUCAGUAAAUCCUGUGGUUAGUUGUUGAGUGAGGAAGUAGCUAAAAGCCAAGUGUGAAUGAUUGAAAUAAUAAUUUAAUAGUCAUACAUAAAUGGUUAAUAAGAAUGUAAUCAGUCUUUGAAAGUCUGGGGUUUCAGUGAUCAGUUUUUCUGUCCAUACUCAAGCAUCAGACUUUGAAAUCAACAUAUUCACACUUUAAUGUAUGAGUCUGCUGUACUGCAAAGGGACUUUGUUUAAUGAAGCAAUUACAGUUUAAUUUCAUUUACUUGGACAUUUUUUUUAAAUGAUGAACACAAACAGUUUUUAAUGAAUACAUUUCUGUUCUCA